AGUGCGGGACCGCAGCCCCGCUCGGGCUCCCGGCGCUUCUAGGCUCACUGGAGUCUGGAGCCAUGGGCAGCCGGGCCUCCUUCGCCGCUGCCGCCUCAGCUUUUCUCCUCGUUGUUUUCGGCCCUCUCCUGCGGAGUGAGGUGGCAGCUGCUCCCCAUCUGCCUCGGGCCGCCCAGUCCCUCCGGCUGUCUAGCUUGCCCAGCCGCGCCCCCGCCCCCGCCGCAGGACUCAGCUACAAGACCCACUAUCUGGUCCAGCAGGUUGAUCAUUUUGGAUUUGAUGUUAAUUUAACAUUUAAACAACGGUACCUAAUAGCAGAUCAAUACUGGAAGAAUGAUAAUGGUGUAAUACUUUUCUACACUGGAAAUGAAGGGGACAUUACCUGGUUUUGCAAAAAUACGGGCUUCAUGUGGGAUGUGGCUGAGGAGCUGAAGUCCAUGCUGGUGUUUGCUGAACAUCGCUACUAUGGAGAAUCCUUACCCUUUGGUAACCAGUCAUUUAGUGAUUCCAAGCACUUGAAUUAUCUGACAGCAGAGCAGGCUCUGGCUGACUUUGCAGUUUUAAUUGAAUACUUGAAAAAAACAAUUCCAGGUGCUAAAAAUAGUCCUGUUAUUGCUAUAGGAGGCUCAUAUGGAGGGAUGCUUGCUGCCUGGUUCAGAAUGAAAUAUCCUCAUAUUGUGAUUGGAGCUCUUGCAGCCUCUGCUCCCAUCUGGCAAUUUACAGAUUUGGUCUCUUGUGGAAAAUUUUUUGAAAUUGUAACCAAUGAUUUCAAGAAAAGUGGCUCUAAGUGUUCAGAAACCAUCCAGGAUUCCUGGAAAGCAAUUGAUAGACUGGCAUCCACAGGUGAAGGUUUGCAGUGGAUUUCUGAAGCAUUUCACCUGUGCAAUCCAUUAAGAAGCCAAAUGGAUGUAAUCAUGUUGAAAUCAUGGCUAGCUGAAACAUGGGUGAAUCUGGCAAUGGUGGAUUAUCCAUAUAGUUCAAACUUUUUAAUGCCUUUGCCUGCUUGGCCUAUUAAGGAGGUGUGCAAAUAUUUGACAGAUUCCCAUGCAUCAGAUAAAGUGUUAGUACAGAAUAUUUUCAAGGCGGUGAAUAUUUAUUACAAUUAUUCUGGAGAAGCAAGCUGCCUGAAUACCUCACAAACAGCAACAAGCAGUCUUGGGAUCCAGGGUUGGAGCUAUCAGGCCUGCACAGAAAUGGUGAUGCCCAUAUGUGCCACUGGUAUCAGUGAUAUGUUUGAACCUCAGGCAUGGGACUUUGUUGCAUAUUCUGACCAGUGUUUCCAAGAAUGGGGUGUGAGACCUAGACCCUUAUGGAUUCCAACUGUGUUUGGUGGUAAAAACAUCAGUUCACAUAGUAACAUUAUCUUCAGUAAUGGUGCAUUGGAUCCUUGGUAUUCAGGUGGAGUGAAUGAGAACAUCACAGAUACUCUUGUCUCAAUAGUCAUCCCAGAUGGGGCCCAUCAUUUAGAUCUACGUGCCAGGAAUGCUGAUGACCCUGAGUCAGUGCGGUUAGCUCGAAUCAUGGAAGUUGAUUACAUGAAGAAAUGGAUCACACAGUUUCGGAGUCAUCACUGAAAAGUGUCAUGGAUGCAAUGAAAUAAUGUCAUGAUUUUUUUCCAAACCAUCACCCUUUGUACUUUUUCUGUACAUUCUUUUUUCCAUUAGUAGAUUGGGGACCAGAGAGAAAAAAUAUCUGUAAUUACAUUUCCUCCAUGAGAUUUUUAUUUUGCGAGGUGUUGGACUUCCAAUCUCUGUGUCCAUAAAGCGGUUCUUUUCAGUUUUUACAAAUUGCCUGAAAUCUAAGGUGGUGUGUUUACUCUGAAUAUCAGGAUCCUGAUUGUCCUAGAAAAAAGAAGUGACCAUCCUGAGGGAAAAUUUGAUUAAUGUUGGGUUUUUGAUUCUUUAAUGUUUCAAUUUUUCAUAUCACUUUUUCACUUCUCACCAGAGAAUUUUGCAAAAACAAAUCAACAGACAAACUAGAAAUGUUAUUAAGGGCAGAGGGGUGAUGAGAAUAUACCUGCUCUUGUGAAAAAUCUUCAAAACAGGCCUUUAACAGGCUACCUCUAGAACAUGGAAAACAUUUCUCUUGUUCUGCAGUUGUUAACCAAGGUUGUAAGUUAAGUUGUGCCAUUGUAAAUAGGGAAUAGGGCUGGGCCUUAUACCUGUUUGUUUAUAUUAAAGUAUGUGCCAGCUGUCUUUUAAUACACAUAUUUAGUUUG